GAGCAAUGAAGGUCUGGAGCACUUCGGCUCCAGGACUUCAGAUUUGCAACCGCUGUCAGUGCAAGUACGGUAACCAGCAGUGAAAGCAGACCAGUGUUAGUGCAGCGUAUGUGCUGUGAUUACGAUGAGGUUUUAUCACGUUGCCGCUAUCUUGGCGGUGAGCAUACUUCCACCAUCUGUACGUGCAUCGAACGAUGGUUGGAGCGACCCCUCCAAAGCACAAUAUCAUAUACAAACCGACGAAGGACCCGAACGAUAUUUUCGAUACCAAACGAUCAGUGGGCAGUACAGGAAAGAGAAGCGGUUGGAAGAUGGCACCGUGAUUGGAACGUACGGCUGGGUUGAUGACGAUGGUAUUUUUAGAAUGCGGGACUACAUUGCGGAUAACGCCGGGUACAGGAUACUUAAAACCAAGAACGUAUUUGUUGGUAGGAACCGGCCGGUCAGUCAAGCAUUGUCUAUUGCAAAACAGGCACCAGCCGAAGCAGGUACUCUUGUGGAUGCUGGAAGAAGCCCAGUUGUUAAAACAACCCCGUCACCAUUCGUAUCAUCUCCGAAAGUCAACUUCCUUCCUGCCGGUUUCAGUGUCGCCAAUCAUCAACCUGCCGUCUUUAAAUUUAAUGAAUACAACGUGCCCCAAACGACACCGUCGUAUGUGUUUAGCUCCCCAUCCACAUACGGAGGUCAUACACCUGACGUCGAGCUCUCUUUAAACUCCAUUCCUUCAUCAACAGAAUCGCCGCUUGUCUCGAGCACCAUCGCCCCAAGCACCACAUCCCCACCGCCAUUAGUAUCCACGACACCUCAAACAAUCUACAUACCCUCAACCACACCAACACCCUCAACGCACUACCAGUCACCCUCGGUACAAUACGUCCAACCAACCUCCACACUUUUGCCACCCAUCAGCUCCAACGCAAUAGACUCUCCAUUCUACAGCAGCAACCCGCAAUACGAACACUAUAAUGACAACCACAGAUUUAUCAACCCAUACGUUUACCAAAACGGCCCAACGUACCCGAUCGACAAGAACGGCCACACGUACAAUGGGCACAGCAACAACCUGGGAAACGGCUACAACCCCCAGUUCGCGCUUUACGAUGGGGUCUCAGUGACGAACGACGGCUUCCGGUACUACAUUCCAAAGCAAUACCACGAAGAACAAAGUCUGCCGGGCAAUGAGAAGAGCGGCAGCUUCGGAUAUAUCGAUCCAUUCGGUAUUCGACGGGUGAUUUACUACAAUGCGGGUGCUGAUGGAUUUAAACAUAGGAAAAACAACAGAUACGUCGGUUUCGAUGCAACCCCUUACGAUCCGAGACCUUAUUAAGUGUGAUUUUAACGCAUUAAUCUUGCCAGAACUACGUUUCGGUUUUUUAAGUGCAGAUAUUAUGAACUUCGUAUGGCCGAAGGUUACUGGCGUCACAUUUCCGUUCAUCGCUUAAUUUGUUAUUCCGAUUGAUGCCUGCGGUACGCUCAGAAAAUUAUAUAAGUCGUAUGAUCGCACUUCGGAGACACUAA